AUGGCGGUGGCUUAUUCCCUGGAGAGUCUCAAAAAGAUCAGUAAUGCCCUGGUGGGAGACCAGUUGGCUAAAGUAGAUUACUUUCUGGCUCCGAAGUGCCAGAUUUUUCAGUGUUUGUUGUCUAUUGGGGCAGAUGAUGGAUUAGAGUUAAAGAAUGCGAAAUUGGAUCUGCUAUAUACCCUUUUACACCUAGAACCGCAACAAAGAGAUAUGGUAGGCACAUGUUACCUUGAUAUUGUGUCCGCAAUUUAUAAGUCCAUGACCCUGGCAGGCAGCUUUACUAAAAACGAUUCUUCGACGAACUAUAAGUACGUAAAACUUCUAAAUCUGUGUGCGGAAGUUUAUCCAAAUUGUGGUUUUCCAGACCUACAGUACCUCCAGACCGGGUUCAUCCACUUGGUCAACCAUAAACUGUUGAGAAGCAAAUGCAAAACUGAUGAGGUGAUUACAAUAAUUGAAUUAUUGAAGUUGUUUUCACUUGUAGACGAGAAAAAUUGCAGCGAUUUUAACCGGACCAAGUUUAUGGAGCAAGAAAGAGAAGUGACAGAAAUCUCACACUAUCAAGAUUUUAAAAUGGCUGAUUCCCUUGAACACAUAAUAGUUAAGAUAUCAACGAAGUAUUUGGAUCAGAUAAGUCUCAAAUAUAUAGUGCGGCUAAAAGUAUCCAGGCCAGCGUCACCAUCCAGCGUUAAGAACGAUCCCUUCGACAAUAAAGGUGUUGACUGCACCCGUGCAAUUCCUAAAAAAAUCAAUAUCUCAAACAUGUAUGAUUCUAGUUUACUAUCAUUGGCGCUCCUUCUAUAUUUAAGAUACCAUUAUGUGAUACCAGGUGAUCGAAAAUUACGGAAUGAUUCGACGUUCAAGAUGUUCGUUUUCGGUCUCUUGAAGAGUAAUGACGUUAACAUUAGAUGCGUCUCCUUAAAGUUCUUAAUACAACCGUACUUCACAGAGGAUAAGAAAUGGGAGGAUUCCCGUACGCUCGAGAAAAUACUGCCAUAUCUAGUUGAGUCAUUUAAUUAUGAUCCACUACCUUGGUGGUUUGAUCCAUUCGAUAUACUGGAUUCAUUGGUUGUAUUAUAUAACGAGAUUACUCCAAUGAAUAAUCCUAUUCUCACAACACUCGCCCAUACAAACGUCAUAUUUUGUGUUCUGUCUCGUUUUGCGCAAUGUCUUUCUUUACCACAACAGAAUGAAGCUACUUUGAAGACAACUACAAAAUUUAUCAAAAUAUGUGCGUCAUUUGCAGCAUCGGACGAAAAAUACCGCCUGUUACUGCUGAAUGAUACGUUGUUGUUAAAUCAUUUAGAAUACGGGUUGGAAUCCCACAUCACUUUGAUACAGGAUUUUAUAUCUCUGAAGGAUGAGAUAAGGGAAACGGUUGCGGAAACUCAUUCUAUGUGCUUGCCCCCAAUAUAUGACCACGAUUUCGUAGCAGCUUGGUUGCUAUUGCUGAAAUCAUUCUCAAGAAGUGUUUCAGCUCUUAGGACAACAUUGAAAAGAAACAAAAUUGCACAGCUACUUUUACAGAUACUGAGUAAAACAUAUACGUUGACUAAGGAAUGCUAUUUUGCUGGACAAGAUUUUAUGAAACCGGAAAUUGUGAUUAUGGGCAUUACUCUGGGCAGUAUCUGUAAUUUCGUGGUGGAAUUUUCUAAUUUGCAGUCAUUUAUGCUGAGAAACGGCAUAAUCGAUAUAAUCGAAAAAGUGUUAACCGAUCCAUUGUUUAACUCGAAAAAGGUCUGGGACGAUAACGAGGAUGAAAGAAGGACCGCUUUGGAAAGUAUACCAGUGCAUGAAGUGAAGGCAAACUCCUUAUGGGUGUUAAGGCAUUUAAUGUACAACUGCCAAAACGAAGAGAAGUUCCAACUUUUGGCCAAAAUCCCGAUGACUUUAAUUUUGGAUUUUAUUAACGAUCCAUGCUGGGCAGUACAAGCUCAAUGUUUCCAGUUGCUCAGAAACUUGACUUGUAACUCAAGGAAGAUCGUUAAUAUUCUUUUGGAAAAAUUUAAAGAUGUUGAAUACAAGAUCGAUCCCCAGACAGGGAAUAAGAUUACUAUUGGAUCAACAUACCUUUUUGAAUUCCUAGCAAAAAAGAUGAGGCUUUUGAAUCCAUUAGAUACCCAACAAAAGAAGGCCAUGGAAGGUAUCUUAUACAUAAUUGUGAAUCUAGCGGCAGUAAAUGAGAAUAAAAAGCAACUAGUCAUUGAACAGGACGAAAUACUGAACAUUAUGAGUGAAAUAUUGGUAGAAACAACAAACGAUAGUUCAAGUUACGGUAACGACAGCAAUUUGAAAUUGGCAUGCCUCUGGGUACUUAAUAACUUACUUUGGAAUUCAUCAGUUUCACAUUAUACCCAAUACGCGAUUGAAAAUGGUCUGGAACCAAGGCAUUCACCAGGCGAUUCAGAAAACCCGCAAUCGACGGUAACAAUAGGGUAUAACGAAUCUGUUGCUGGUGGGUAUUUCAGAGGGAAGUACUUCGACGAGCCAGAUGGCGAUGAUAGCAGUAGUAAUGCCAAUGAUGAUGAAGAUGACGAUAACGAAGAUGACGAAGACGAUGAUGAGUUUGUUCGCACUCCCGCUGCAAAAGGCAGCACAUCAAAUGUACAAGUCACACGUGCCACGGUAGAAAGAUGUAGAAAACUCGUGGAAGUGGGAUUAUACGAUCUAGUUAAAAAGAACAUCACAGACGAGUCGUUAUCUGUCAGAGAAAAAGCCAGAACGUUGCUAUAUCACAUGGACUUGCUUUUGAAAGUUAAAUGA